AUGGAAUUUAUAUUGAAGAAUUUUGAUUUGAAACAUGGAUUUUCAAAUCAUUGUUUACAAGCAACUGGGUUCAACCAUAAGUUGUGGGCAAAUAUUCAACGAUUGGAUGUCCAAGCCUACUCAAGCUUAACAUUAGACAAAUUGAGAAAGAUGAAUUGCGAAACGAUUCAAUUCGAGUAUCUUAGCGAAUUCUCAGGAACACAUCUAAACGAGUUCAUCCGAUACUGGUUGGACGGGAAUAUGCCAAAAUUGAGAAGAUUUCAAUUAAACUACUGCUUUGAGCAUUGGACUGAUGACUUAUGGAAUGGUUUACCACAUGCGCAGUGUAAUCCGAAACGGCGAAAAAGAUUUUUUUACGAUGGUCUGGAAGUAGUGGAUUGUUCAGAAGGACGUGAUAUCGAAAGAAGUGAUGGUAUACUCGCAACUAUUUUAGUUGAAUCCAAAGUCUUGUACUUUCUCAUCUGGCAUGACAGAUUUCCAGUAGAUGUCAGAGCAUUGUUUUAG